CCUGAUGUCACAUUUCUACCAGUCGCCCCCGUCGCCCCCCUCUCCCAUGAUGUCUUCGGGUCCUGCAGGUGAAGUUCACCACACAUAAAUAUUCCGACAGCCCGUGAAGGCGGCGUCAGACUGCACUGCAUACGCGCCGUGUCGAGGAGCGAAGAUGGCGGAGAGUGUGGAGCCGGAGCAGGACUGGAUGGACCGGGCCCUGGACACGGCCGACGACACCCUGGUUGCAAUGGAAACCCUGCUGGCUACACUUAGAGCCUUUGAAGACGUGCUCAGGCAACAAGAACUAUCCAUAGCAUCUUCCACGGAGUACUGCGACAACUUCUGUCAGGCACUCAUGCACUAUGCUGGGAGCAGGAACUCUAUGGAGCAUGGUCUGCCUCUUCUGGAGGUCUACUGUCUGUCCAUUAGCUGUUUCGCUGCAGCCCGAUCCCACCUCACUCCAGACUCCGACAGAGUGGCCCUUGUUUUGAAGAGACUUGCUUUGAGCUGUUUUGAACUAUUGCUGUCAGUGCCUGAGAAUGAAAUCCCGUAUGAAGCCUGGGUUCAAUUCCACCACUCUGUUCAGAUUGCCCAUGAUACCUUGCUACAGUAUGGAAGCACAGACCUCCAAGCUUUACUCCAGAUCACAGGAGAGGGAGGCGCGUGGAGCAACUCUGUCCUCACCUCUCUCCUCACCGGCCAGCCCACAAACCCAGAAGAAGUUAAUGCGUACAUCAGCUUGGAGGGCGAGGGCUUCAUGGAAAUGCGGGUGAAGCACCUGGAGAAGAUGGGCGAAGUGGCUAAAGCCGUGGUGCUGGCCAAAGCGUGCACUGAAUGCAGAUUCAUCUCCAACCAAGCUACCUUCCGUCAAACCUUUGUCUUCUUGCUCUGUCACCUGCUGCCCAAUGAAGAGGCCAUCAUGGAGAUAUCAAGACUUGACUGUAAGGACGUAUUGGAGAUCACGUGUACUUUGGAGUCUGAGGGGGAGGAGAACCACGCCUUCAUCUUGUGCACAACUUUCCUGACACAGCAGCUUCAGCAGCAGAACCUGUACUGUUCCUGGGAGUUGACUCUGUUGUGGAGUAAGCUUCAGAGGAGGAUCGACCCCUCGUUGAUGUCCCUUGUGGAACGAUGCCUUCAGCUAGGUGCCAUUGCCAAAACGGUCCUGCAUUUGCUUUGCCUCGUCCGUAUCAUUCAGACAGAGGUGAGCCCAAUAGGCUGCUUUCCAUUUCUAUGCUGGGUUUUAGCUGGUCCAUUUGGUUGUAAAAAUAUCCGGUUGGACAUUUUCACACAUGAGUAA